CUGUGUAUUUUUGGCUACAUGGGAAAUUUUUGAUUGCAAGGGCAUCUGAUGACUUGAAGUUACCAUUCUUCGCAUGCCUCUGACCCUCGCUGGCUCACACAACUGUCAAUGCUGCCAAGCUUACUUGUUCUGGGCUUUCAGAUAUUAACAUCACCUGCAGUAGCCACUAUUGCUUUGUGUUACAUUUCUUCCCUCCAGAUCCCGUCCUUGAAUACCAACUGAAGGGGGACAAGACAACAAUGUUAAGUAUCUCAAGGCCAAGCUGGGGUACAGGAAGAUAAAAACCCAAGUUCCCAGGAACUGACAAACAAUACCUAGGGAAGCAUCACUGUCUGGUCACUCCUAUCUCUUUGUCCAACCAGACGCACAGAACCAACCGUCGUCCGCCACGAAUCUGACUCAAAGGCAAUUGAUCUAUAGAUAGACCAUCCAGCACCAUGUCCUUUACGUUCAUUGUCAUUAUGAUGAUUCUGGGCUCCUCAGUGACAAUUGCAUUUGUCUUGAAGCCAUCCAAAGAAGAAUCUGCAGCGUCUGCCAACUCUCCUGUUUCCCCUCACAGGUGCCAGGGUGAGUCAUUGCAGUCCAUCAGGAAGAGUCUCCUCAGGGGUCUCAACUUGCAGGUUGAGCCACAGCUGCCUGCUGGUGGACUGGAUGGUGUCAGAGAGCAAUGGAGGAGCACCUUCAGCAACAUUGCUGACAGAGCCAAGGAUGCUGCAGUUCCUGCGGUCUCUGGCUACUCUGCGUCACCUGAUGAUGGAAACAGUACAAGCCUGAAGUGCUGCUCCAUGGCCUCCGAGAUCUUCAUGAAAGAUCUGGGAUGGGACAACUGGGUGAUCCAUCCUGCCAGCAUUGCCAUCGUUCAGUGUGCGCUCUGCAACCCUGAAGUGAACACCGCGCAGUGUCCAUCAUCCCACACCAACGUCGAGGAAGCCGACUCACAGGCCCAGAUGCCAUGUUGUCAGCCCACCUCCCAGAAAAUGGUGCCUGUCGUCUACCUGGAUGAAUUCAGCACCCUUGUCAUUUCCUCUGUGCAGCUGACCCACAGCUGUGGCUGUGAACAUGGCAACAUCCAGCAGCCCAGCAAAGAGUAAAGUGAGAUCAGUGAGCAACCUGGCGCACACACAAAAACAUUAUAUACAGGCCUGUCGUCUCUUUUGUAGACUGUUUCUCUUCUCUUUUUCUAAUUUCAGGUGUUAUCUUAGAUCCUUACAAUGUGUGUUCAGCACUGAGCAUGGGAACAAACGCAAAGUCUCUCUAUAACUCAGCUGACACUCGUGAUACAUGCUGCCAUUUCAUCUUUAAAUAAAUCUCAUGAGUACAGAGUGCUAUUUAAAGCCCUCCAAAAAUGUGAGACUGUCCAGAGCCAAAUCCUCUCACAGGCCAGUUGUCUGAUCUGUGAGACGACUGUCUCCUCUUAAGGGCAAGAAGUCAAUUUAGUCCCAGUAAGCAAACUGAGGUCAAAUAAAAUGGGUUAGGGCUAACCCUAAUGCUAGCCAUUUUUAGGGUUAGACAUUCUUUUGCAGGGAGAGUAACAGGAGAAGAAUGUGUUCACCAGCUGAAUUCUCUGCAAAUAAAACUUAGUAUCAGUGUCUCUUGGGUAUGAACAUCUGUGCUGUGCUUUUCCACCAACGUCCAUUGGCCGCACUCCAUUUUCCUGUUUCAACUGUUAGAAAAGAUAAAAGGGACAGAGCUGCCUUGCAAUCCCUUAAAAGCUCUCACUUUAAUAGUGGACAAUUAAAACUGUUUGAUUUAUUAUAUGAAAGGCAGGCUUUGUCAUACAAGAAAAUAUUAAAAAGUGAAAUUAAUCAUAAUUCCAACAAGUACUUUGUUAUAUCACAUUUUAGUUCUUUAGUGUGAUGUGUAGUGUUACUUUGACCAGUAAAAUGAAUGCUCAAAGUCUGGUAGACAACAUAUAAUCCAAAUGAGUGUUUAAAUUGUGAUUUAAAACAACAAAAAAGGUCAGUUUAUUGUUUAUUGAUUUUUACUUGUAGAGCAUUUCAGUGUCUGUUCUAUUAUUUAGUCUGUUAUGUUAUAUAUGAAUCCAAAACAUUGAGUCAGAUUUACAUAAUGUAAUGCUUUUAUAUACAUUUUUAACAGAAGAGUUCCAGUUUUGUUUGUUUUCUUAUGUCUCUUUGACCAUUUCUCAUGAUUGGUUACAGUUCUCAGUUUUUUGUUUUUUUUAUUUCUUUAAGACCUAUUUUAUUUGUUGUUUUGACAUGAUCUCACUCACUUUACUAUAUUACCUCACUGUUCAUCUUUUCAAGUGUUUUUUCACAAAUGGACUACUACUUAUCAGACCACUAUAUCACCUGAACUCAAUACAUUUAGAUCAAAUGCAAAAUGUUUUAUUGUGCUUUAAAAUGUCCCUGAUUUGUACCAAUUUACUGAUUUUUUGCUCACAAUUAUUGGAAUAAA